GGUUCCAUCACGAUCAUUGGGUUUUUCGCGGCGGCGACCACCGGCUGCACGCCGCGCCUUCGAUAAAUGACCCGCCAUCUCCGUUGCCGUCGUUAAGAUGCCACCGAAGCGAAAGAGAAACGACCGCGGCCCCAGCGAUAUCGGUCCCUCUAGACCGUCGCCGCAUCGACCUGCCGACACGGCUUUAGGGCAGCACGACAGGAGCUUCGAUGGGAGUCGGAGCGGCCGUGGCGGGAGAAACCAGCGGAGAUCGGAUCGUCGCGACUCGUCGCAGUCCUCAGCUCCAAACUCAUCAUUCGGCGCCUCCGACCUGCGAUCACCGCCGCUGCCUCGACCCUCGAGCUCUUCAUCCUCAGCCGCGCCUCCGUCCUCAGGCGCGCCCCCGCCCCCGCCCCCGGCCCCGACCGUCGUAACGACAACGUCGGCGCCCACGCCAGCCCCGGCUGCACCUUCUCCCAUACAACCCUUCUACGACUACAGCAUCAUCACGGAAGAUCGCGUGAGCAGAUGGGCAAAGGGCGCCCGGCAGGAAGUCAUUGAACAUGGCGUCCAGUCACGCGAGGACGAAGAUCUGACAGAAGUCGUCAUGAUCUUCCAGGAGCUGAUCCAUUCCGUGACCGACGGCCGGCUGCCUGGCGCUGAUGCUGGCGCGGUGGUCAAAGAGAUCCUCGGCCCUGAUUUAUCAGAGGCCGACCGCAAGGCCGGUGUCGUGUUCGAUCCGCACACCUUAUUCCUCGACACGGUCUCGACAUUCCUGGACGUCGAGUCGGGCCCGCUUCACCCGCAGCUACGCGAUUUUAUGGUAGCAACAGACGUCUCACCCGCCCUGAUGCGGCUCGUCCUAGAUCCUCCGAUUCUCCAACACCUCGACCUGAUCCGCGAGACGUUCGUGCGGAUGGGUAUCCGCCAGUCGACAAACCUUCUGUAUCGUCAGGCAAGUUACAACCUCCUGCGCGAGGAGACCGAGGGCUUCUCGAAGCUCCUCACCGAGCUGUUCACCACGAGCAGUUCCGAGCCGCCAUCCUCCGAGGUCGUGCAGGCUGCGUUCAACAAGGUUAUGGGCCUUAUUGGGACCUUCGACCUGCACCCUGGCCGCGUUUUGGACGUGACGUUCGACGUCUUCGCUGCGGUGCUCAUCAAGCAGUGCCGCUUCUUCGUCAAGUUUUUGCGCAUCAGCUCAUGGUGGCCCCGCAGCCAACUCAGCCAACCGAACGGAACCUUCACCGGAGGUUUGCCCAUAUGGGCUCUGCCAGAACAUUCCGGCUGGAUGACGACGGAGGAGGAAGAGGCCAGCAUCGCCGCACAACGGCUGCAGCGGGACAUCGCGUUUUGGGAGAGAGCACGCAAGAUCAAGCUCGACGCUUACUUCGAGCUGGGCGGUAGGCAACUCACCGCGUCGGAGGAAGAGCGUUUGACAAACGGCGCGACGCAAGACGGCGCCGAAUCGAGCAUCGAGCAAGACUGGAUCAAGAUCACCAAGACGCUCCCGCCCCCGGGCAACCGGGAUGCGGCCCAGAUGCUGGGAUUCAAGCUCCGCUUCUACACUUCGGAGGCGAGAGACGCCGAAGACACCCUACCGGCGAACCUGCUCUACCUCAUAGCCCUGCUGAUCAAAAUCGGCUUCAUCUCGCUGACCGAUCUCUGGAACCACGUAUGGCCCCCAGAGGAGAACAUGGAAAACGUCAAGGCCCAGCGGAUGAAGGAACUAGAAGAGAAGGAGAAGGCCAGCAGGCCGGGCGGCGAAAAGAACGCCUUGAUGAUGGCUGGAGCUCUCCCGGACGACAUGCCGCCGCCUCCCGGAAACUCUCGCCGCGAUGCGGCCGCAAGCAGGCCUGAUGCCGACAAGAAGGCUGCCGAGUCCACGGAAGAGAAGCCGAAGCUCCCGGAACCAACCGACCAGAAGGUACACCUCCUCAAGUGCCUCCUCACCAUCGGCGCUCUCCCCGAAUCCCUCUUCAUCAUCGGGCGGCACCCCUGGAUCCUGCAAGCGUAUCCGGACGACAUCCUCCCCCUGUUCCACCGCAUCCUCCACCAGUCUAUCGAGGUCGUCUACCAGCAGAGCCGCCCGACGUCUUCACGACCCACAGAAUGUCCCGCCAAAAAGCUGCCGGAUCUUGACCAGUCGGGCGUGCCGAAAGGAAGCGUCAAACUCUCCGCGCCACCCGUCAAGCGGGCAUUGAGAUGGCCGUACCCAGACAAGGCCGAGGUCGGAGACGGCGCGUCCUACCGCUUUUACUGGGACGAGUGGGCGGAUAACAUCCCGGUCUGCCAGACCGUGGACGACCUCUUCACGCUUUGCGACUCGCUUGUCAACGUCAUCGGCGUCAAUAUCGGCCUCGACGCCUCCCUCGUGGCCAAACUCGCCAGCAUCGGCGCCAAGAGCCUCGCUGAUGACCGCUCCCCUGGCAACGUUGCACGAUGGCUCGAUCUGCUCAAGCGCCUGCUCGUUCCGUCGCUGAGCUUGGGCGAACCAAACUCAUCCGUCUGCGAGAGCGUUUGGGCGCUGCUCAAGCAGUACCCGAUCCGGACUCGAUUCAAUGUCUACGCGGAGUGGUACGAAGGCUCCAUUUCUCGCCUCGAGCCGAUCAAGAAGGCCUUCGCUCGGACGAGACUCGAGACGCUCAGCAAGAUGAAGCGACUGUCUUUGACCAACAUCCCCCAAAUGGCUAAGAGCCUGGCAAAGAUCGCCUACCCGUCACCCGGCAUCGUUUGCAAGGUUGCCCUCCUCCAGAUCGAGUCGUACAGCAAUUUGAUCGAGGCAUUUGUCGAGUGCGCCAAGUACUUUACCGAUCUGGGCUACGAUGUCCUUGUCUGGUCCGUGCUGAGCUCCCUCGGUGGCCAACAGCGGAGCCGCACUCAGGAGACCUCGGUUUUGCUCACCAGCAAGUGGCUGCAAGCACUGUCGCGGUUCUCCGGGAAGGUCUUCCAGCGCUAUUCCAACAUGGAUCCGUCGCCAAUUCUUCGCUACGUCCACAACCAGCUGCUGAAGGGCAACUCGACGGACUUGCUCAUCCUGGAAGAGCUGAUCGGCUCCAUGGGCGGGGUCGUCUCCGGCCUGGACUUUACCGAUGCUCAGCUGCACGCCAUGACCGGUGGCGAGCAGCUUCGGCGAGAGACCCUUGCCAACUUGGGCGAUAAGCGGGCAAUGUCGGUACGGAGCGCGCAGCGCCUGAUGAAGGCCCUGUCACAUUCAAACCUAGCCGGCCAGCUGCUCAUCAACAUUGCCCAGUAUCGGCAAAACGCCAUCUAUAACAGUGCCGACGGCAGCGCGCGCAUCAAGUAUCUCUCGGCAAUCGUCGACGACACCCACCAGGUCCUCUUGCGAUACUUGGACCUGCUCCGCAGCAACCUGGACCCUGAUGCAUUCGACCGCCUGAUUCCCGACAUUGUCCAUCUCAUGAGAGAUUACGGUCUCGACGCCAACCUUGCCUUCACGAUCCGCCGCCCCAGCAUCCGUUGGGACACCAAGAUUUCCACCUCAUCCAAGGAGGUCCCGACUCAGACCGCCAAGGCGCUUACUGAUGUUGACGGCGAUGUGGCCAUGGAGACGGACGGCACGUCCGCGCAAAACGAUGCCAACAAUGGCACUGAGGCCAAAGUAGAGGCUGACAAUAACAGCCCGGCGGCCAGAACUCCGAGCAGUCGCCCGUCGGAAUCGCUGCCCGAUGCUCUCGCGCCACUGAUCGACGAGAUCCCAAGCGUUCUGCCCCAACAAUCAUGGCGGUAUAUCAGCCCGGCAUGCUACGUGUUCUUCUGGUCUUUGCAGCUUGGGAACCUGGUCUUCCCACGUGAGAGCUAUUUCGCCGAGAUCGACAAGCUCAAAAAGCAGGCUGAAGAAGUCAUGAAAGAUAGGACGGACAUGUCGCGGGCCGGCAUGAACAAGAAGACCCAGAAACGGGACGACAUCCUGGACCGCCAGAAGCACCUCCUCCGAGAAGUCAACGACGGCAUCACGCCCUUCUCCAAGGCGAGGUUGCACAUCGCCCGCCAAGUCAACACCUGGUUCCCUGCCGACAUCUCCAAAGCCGAUGCGACGUCGGACGCUCUGCUUGAACAGUGCAUUCUUCCACGGUUGCAGAUGUCGGCCAUGGAUGCGGAGUACUGCUUCAGGCUGGUCAAGUUCCUGCAUGAAUUCUCGACUCCAAACUUCAAGCUCAUGUCGCUCUACGACCGCCUUUUCCACCACAAUCGCUUGCGUGGCAUUAUCUUUUCGUGCACGGUCCGCGAGGCCGAGUAUCUGGCGCGAUUCCUGAAGCUCAUCCUCGGUGACCUUUCCAAGUGGCACGCGGACAAGACCGCCUACGAGAAAGAAGCGCUGGGCCUCAAAGAGCUACAAGGCACCAAGACGAGGCAUUACCUCGGUUUUGCUACAGCUUUUGAUGCGGAUGGCAAGCCAACCGAAUUCCUCGAGCACGACGCCUUCAGGGAACUCCUGUUUCGAUGGCACAAGGAGCUCAAUUCGGCUCUGCGGUCAUGCCUCAAUGGCCUGGAAUGGAUGCAUAUCCGGAAUGCCAUCAGCAUCCUCAAGGGCGUUAUCGACUACUUCCCGGCUAUCAACUUCAUGGCCGAGAAGUUCCUCGAGCAGCUCAACACCAUCAAAGAUCGGGAAGCGGCUUCGAAGAACGCCCCGGAGUCUGAGCAAGGGCAUCGCGUGGAUCUGUCCGUCACGGCGCAGACCACUUACUCCGAACUGAAGAAGAGGAAGGCCAAUUGGGUUCUCGUCCAGGCUUUCCGACCGGGGGUUAAUGACAGCAAGGACGAGAGGGGCUCCGCAACAACCGCUACCUCUUCCCUGCGGCCCUCGGCGCCGGAGUUCAAGCCCAAUGGGGCGCGCGCUCAGCAGCCUGCCGAUGUUGAGGAUGGCGAGGUUAGGGACAGCAGAGCUGGCAAGGUAGCUGGCAAAGCAGCAGAACCCAGCCUGCCGAGACCCCCGCAAGCCCCGGAGCCGUCGAAGGAAACCAAUGCUCCGGCACCGAAACCAAGCUCAGCAGCAACCCCCAAUUCCGCCAGGCCAGCCACCCCGAAGCAUCCCCCAGCUCCGCAACCGGGCAGCCGACAGGAGCCGACGAAGUUCUCGACCCUCCCGCCCGGCGGCCCCGGGCUUCCCAGCCGGCCAGAGCUCCCCAGCAGGCCGGACGUACCUAUGCCCAGGUUCGGCCAACCCCGCCACGACAGGAGGGAAGUACCGUUACGAGAUGCUCGUGACUACCGCGACAGCCGAGAACCACGAGACCAGCAUCCGCGGGAGACCCGCGAACCUCACGGCACCCGGGAGAAUAGAGAUUACCGGACACCGGAUGCUUCGCGGCCAGAGCGCCCUCGCGAGUUUCCCGCGUCCGACCGACGCCCUGCGGAUGCCGGGCAGCGUGAGCCCGGACCCCGCGAUGCUCCUCGUGAUGCCCCACGCGAUGCUGGCCGCGACGCUAGCCGCGACGCUGGCCGUGACGCUGGCCGUGACGCUGCUCGCGAUGCUGGCCGGCCUUCAGAUCGCGACCGGCCCAGCCGAGCGGAGCCCCCACCGCGUCGGCAUGACCAUGGCGUGCCUGCGGAUCGGGAAAACCGGCCCCCUCGGGAGAGGACGCCUCACGGUUCCAGCCGAUCUGACGGCCCCAGCCGAUCUGACUCCAGGCCUGCCAGAGAGCCUGCGGUCUCCACACCUCCCCCGAGCGGAACGGCGCAAAAUCACUCUCAGGAGCCCCCGAUCAACCCUGAGCGCGCUCGAAUCAUCGGAGCUGAGCGCCCCGACAUCUUGCAUCCGGCUAGAGCACCACCGGUCCACGAGACAAGAGAAUCCGCAGCCCGUCCGCCAUUGAGAGAUGAACCUCGUGAGCAGCGGCCUCCACGCACCGAGUCGCCGAGGCGCGCCGAACGCCCACCCGCCAAUCCUCCUCAGCCGGACAAUAGUCGCGACGAUCGCCAAGGCCGUCACCGUCACUCACCCCACCCCGGGACUCCACGGGACGCCCAUGGAGAGCCCGCAGCGCCCCCACCGCGGCCAGACCGGAUUCCAGAGCGCGAAGACAGAGUGGCCGUGCCCAGGGACUCCAGGGACCCAUCGUACGGCAACCAGCCCCGCGCUGACCACGAUCACGGCAGACUCAACCAGCAAGACCCUAAUUACGGUCGGCUGAACCCAAUCCAGUCCGUCAUCGACACGCCACCAGGCGCCCCGUCAGGCCCGCGGGGGCGGGGCGGCCGGAACGGCCCAAGAACCGGCCCAGUCGGCGGCCCUCCUAUGCGCCCAGAUAAUAGGUUUCCGCCGCUCGAGCCGAUUCGCCCGCCCACCCCCGAACGUCACCCGCCAACCGGCCCUUCAGCAUCGCGCCCGCGGCGUGGUCAGUAUGACGGCCCGAACUUGAACUCACCGACGUCGGCCGCGCCUCCCGCGGUCGGAGUGCACCCAGACAGGAUGCGGCAAAUCAACCCAGCGCCUCCUCCGCCGCCUCCGCCGCCUCCCCCACCUCAUCUGGCCGGACCCUCGGGCAUCCAUCCCGACCGUCUCAACCAGAUCGCAGCUCAACCAUCCGGGCCCAGCCCACACUCGCGCCCACCGAUGCACACAUCCGAUCGUCCAUCAAUGUCAGCGCCUAAUACAGGCUCGCGGCCGGCGCCGUCGGGUCCCAGUGCCGACUUCUCAUCGACCCCGACGGGGCCUUCAGCAGGAAACGAUCGAAUGAGACCUGGGGGAAGACAACUUCGCGGCAUCCAGAAUACGCUCGACAAGGCGCUCGCAGACAACGCCCGGGGCCCGGGCCUGCGGACAUCGCGGUCGCGGCCCAGCCUAGCAGGCUCGGACGCCCAAAUCUUAACGGGCGCCUCGCCCGUGACCACGCCUGUCCAUGAGCGGCCGCCGGACUCGUUCCGCGAUUCAAGCCGGCGCGAGAUGAGCACCGACCGCGCCCCGCGCGGCCCGGAGCCGAUCCAAGUCGUGGGCGACAACCGCGACCCCGGCAGCAACCGCGGCGGCGGUGCCAACGGCGACGACUACGGCUCCAGCCGCACCGAGCACGACCGCAGCCGCCGCGAACAUCACCGGUCGGAGCGCGGCAGCCGCGCGUCGAGGCGAAGCAGCCGCGAGCGCACCCCCGAUCGCGACCGCGGCGAGCCAAAGGACCCCCGCGACUACCGCGACAGACGGUCCGGCGUCUCGUCGUCCAACCCGCCCGGCGGCGGCAGCUCCCGCGACGAGCGGGGCGACUCGCGCCGGUCGCUGCGCGAGUCCACGGGAGGCUCCCGCGAGCCGGCACCUGCCGGCGGAAGGGACCUGCCGCCGCCCCGGGAGUCGAGCUCGCACCGCAGCCACCGCGGCGGCGAUGGUCCGUCUGGCGGAAGGGGCGGCGAGCCGGGCGGCGGUGGUGGAAGGAGCGAAGGGGGCCAUCAUGGCAGCAGCCGCGGCGACGGCGGUGGCGGGGGACGAGGGGACGACUACGGCCGGGGCGGGUCGUCGAGGACGAACGCCCCGCCGAGGGACUCGAGGUCGAGACCCGGCGACGACCGCGGAGAUCCGCGGGGCGGCGACGACAGGGCGAGGAAGCGCAGGAGCGAAGGUGUGGACGUGGGCGGCGGAAGCCACCUGGACAAGCGGCAGCGGCGUUAGUAACGGCGGCUUCUUCGUCAGGGUUGUCGGAAUUGGGAAGCUGGUGAGGAUGGAGGGAGGAUGGGCGAACCGGAGAAAUGAAGGACCAUCUGCGAAGAGAAUGAAAAAUAUACCUCGAGGAAGCGAGUCGAG